AUGGCUACUUCAACAACAACAACCACCCCCUUCACCUUCCCACCAACAUACAACUUCCCACCCUUCUUCACCCCGCAACCAAACAGCACCACGCGACACUCCCAGCUCCAAAAAUGGUCCUCCCUAAUACAAUCCUGGUGUCGACACCACCGUACCUACCGCCUCUCCCUCGUCGACGCCGUCGAUUCCCCUCUCUUCCAUAAUGCAGCCCUGCGCAAGCGACUAGAUCUCGCCGAGGCUCGCGCGGUCGUGGACUGGAUGACGAAGAAGGAGGAGGAGGAAGGCGGGGGUGGACAGCGCGCGGAGUGGAUUGAGGGUGCUUCAGCUGGUGGGAAUGCGAUGCCUAAGAGUGUUGCUUGGAUUUGGUGGCGCAGGCCGGAGGAGUGGGCGGAUGUGCUAGUGGAUUGGAUUGAUGCUACGGGACAGCGUGGGGUGGUGUUGACGGUGUUUGAGUUGGUACAGGGAGAAGCGACGGUUUCUCAAGAGUUCCACGGCAUGGACAACGAUGUCAUGAUGAAGGCGCUCAACGUUCUUGUCAAGCGAGGCAAGGCAUCCGUCUUUGGUAACGAGGGCGAGGAGGGAGUCAAGUUCUUCUAA